ACUGGGUGUCGAGUGCUAUGUAGCUAUAAAGUUUGCUGGGCUCAGCUGUAGAUUUCCUUAACACAUACUGCUGACAUCACUGAGUCUCCUCUCAGACUAUUUUUUUUACUCUCUCUCUUUCCCCCUCCCUCCUUCUCCUCCCUCCCUCCCUUCCUCCAGUUUCUUUAUUCAGGUAAUUCCAACUCAGACUUAUUCCAACUUGUUUUUUACUGACAGUGACGGAAGGGAGACUCUCUGAGGGUUGUGUUUUGUUGUGUUUUGGUUUGUUGCUUUUUUUUUCUUAAACCAUGCACACAUGCCUUAUUGAAAAGACAUUCAACCUUUUAUGAAAAAGAUUGUUUGACUUGUCAUGACGAUAACAUCUAGUAAGGAAUCUGAACAUUGCUCUUUUACAGGAAGAGACAGAGGUGGUGUGCUGGAUCUGCUUUCUAAACCAAGCAUUGACGCGACUUUAAAUUUGAUCAGAUGUCUCUCUUCAGGGCAUUAAAGAAAACCUGCUCAGUAAUCAAAAAGAGACUCUUCUCCAGAGAAAUGACUGAAGCAGUGAGAAUGGAAACCACAAAGAUUAAUAUGUCCCGUGUCCCACUGGUUAACGGAGGCAUUGAUACUGCCAUGCUCAAAACGCACAAACCCCGUGUGAUGUCCAAAAGCGGUCACAGCAAUGUGCGGAUAGACAAAGUCGAUGGCAUUUACCUACUCUACCUUCAGGAUUUGUGGACUACAGUUAUAGACAUGAAGUGGAGGUACAAACUCACCUUAUUUGCUGCUACUUUUGUUAUGACCUGGUUCCUCUUUGGAGUUAUCUACUAUGCUAUUGCAUUCCUUCAUGGUGAUUUAGAAAUAAACAAGUUCACACCAAAGCAUGAGCCAUGUGUCAAGAAUGUAGACUCUCUAACUGGGGCAUUCCUCUUCUCCCUGGAGUCACAGACAACCAUUGGCUAUGGAUUUCGUUUCAUUACAGAGGAGUGUCCUCAUGCCAUUUUCUUACUUGUAGCCCAACUGGUCAUCACCACCUUGAUAGAAAUCUUCAUCACAGGUACCUUUCUGGCCAAAAUUGCAAGACCUAAAAAAAGGGCAGAGACUAUUAAAUUCAGCCACUGUGCUGUCAUUACUAAACACAAUGGAGAACUUUGCCUGGUGAUCAGAGUAGCAAAUAUGAGGAAGAGCCUUCUGAUACAGUGUCAGCUGUCUGGGAAGCUUCUUCAGACAUAUGAAACCAAAGAAGGGGAAAGGAUCCUGCUGAAUCAAGCCAGUGUCAAGUUCAAUGUUGACUCCUCUUCAGAGAGUCCAUUUCUCAUUUUGCCUUUAACCUUCUACCAUAUUUUGGAUGAAAGCAGCCCUCUGAGAGAUCUCACACCUCAAAAUCUCAAGGAUAAGGACUUUGAGCUUGUGGUGCUCCUCAAUGCCACGGUGGAAUCCACCAGUGCUGUCUGCCAAAGCAGAACUUCCUAUAUCCCUGAGGAGAUCCACUGGGGCUACGAGUUCGUGCCUGUGGUUUCUCUCUCUCCAAAUGGAAAGUAUGUUGCAGAUUUCAGUCAGUUUGAGAAGAUUAGGAGAAGCACAGACUCUACUUUUUAUAGUAUGGACUCUGAAAAACAAAAACUAGAGGAGAAAUACAGACAGGAAGAUCAAAGAGAGAGGCAACUGAGAACAAUGUUGUUGCAGCAGAGCAAUGUUUGAUUGAAUAGACAAACUAUUCUGAUUAAUCAUUCUUGCAAACUGAAAAUACAUACUCUCUGUGCUGUAUGUCUGCUAUGAAACCAGCAGUGAAGUCCUUUUCUGCAAAUAGCUUUGGUGUAUAGUAAACCUAUCUCUUUGUUUGGUCCAGUUAUCAAUCAAGUAUUUUGUAAUUAGCCAGGAUUUCUUUUUCAUGAUUGUGAUUUAGCAAAGUUGGAUUUGUAUUAUGUCUCUGCCUUAUACCGCCACUAUAAGCAGACAUACCACACUUUCCCUUUGGAAAGUGAAACUGGAUGCACUGUGCUGAUUCCUUCAAAUAUUUAUUUGACAUGGUUUUACUGUGAACAUGCAUUCGCAGAGGCAGCACACAGUACUGCUAGAAGAAAAUAUGCUCCUUUGAAAUAUGUAUAUUUAAAAUGUAUAUUCUUGUACCAGGUAUUGCCUUCACAGGUUUUACCUGGAAAAUAAGUUGAUCAGAGAGACAAAUGGUUGGAUGUCGGAAAAGCCUGCAGGAAGUUGAUAAACUCCUUAAAUCUUGAAGGAGGGUGACAGAGUAGUUGUGCUGGGUGGUGAGGAAGAGAGCUUAUUUUCUGUCUUGCUACCCAGAGCUUGUUUUGUGAUUACUCAUUCUUUUAACCUUGUUAGUGUCUGAUUUAUAUAUAAUAGCAAAAAGAGAAGAUGAGGGCAAGAUACACAGAAUCAUUAAGAGUAAUCAAGUAAGGUUAAAGUUGGCUUUGAGACACCUGUUUUUCAUCCAAUGUAAAUAGUUUGUAAUAGCAGCAUAACAAUACAUUUCUACAGAUUGCUUGCUUUGCUAUGGACCGUAUUUAAUUUUGGUUAAAAGAAAGCUGUAUAAUGUCUGUAGACAGUAUUUACUUUUUCUGGCAACCAUAAAGGACAAGCAUUCCUUUCAUCCAUUUCAUUUCUGGUCAAUCAAAACCAUUCCAUUAAUAAAGGAAUUUAAUUUGAGCA